UGGGGUAAACGUGGAUGCUGUAGAACGGUUCGCGUGUUUGGCAGACGAAGAACAAAUCUAAAAGGCGGAGAAACUUUUCUAAAGAAACUUUUCUUCGAACACCGUAAAAACACCGCCUUCGAGUCGAUCGAUUCGAAGGCUGUUUUCAAAAUUCACUGCCUAUACAUAAUCAAUCAUACAUUCAAACUCAUAUCUACAUAUAUAUACGAUGAUUUGAAUAGCCAUGUCUUCGUCGUCGAUAUCGUUGAUACAUCGACUCACUCCAUUUUUCGUAGCUCGAAUUCGACAAAAUCAGAGACUCCUGAGCUCUUCUUCUUCUUCUGCGCUUCCCGAAUUUCAAUCACCAUCUUCAUCUCCAUCUCCAUCUCUCGAUGCUGUUCACAUGACUGACAAUUGCGUCCGGAAAAUGAAAGAGCUGCAAACUGAUGAAGCCUCACGAAAGGAAAAUAUGCUACGGUUGAGCAUAGAGGCUGGUGGAUGUUCUGGGUUCCAGUAUAACUUCUCUCUCGAUGACAAAACCAAUGCAGAUGACAGACUUUUCGAGAGGGAUGGAGUUAAAUUGGUGGUCGAUAAAAUUUCAUUUGACUUUGUAAAAGGUUCAAGUGUUGAUUAUGUUGAGGAGUUGAUCCGCUCCGGUUUCCAGGUAGCUGAUAAUCCAAGUGCAGUGGGUGGUUGCAGCUGUAAAAGUUCUUUCAUGGUGAAAUAGUAGUUUCUGUGUAUGAAUACCAAAUACCUUCUCUGCUUAUCAGCACUAUGAAGGGAUCAUCAAUAGUUGGCUUUAAUGGGGCACAUGCUUAGAUUUCUUCUAUUAUUAAGAAGGAAAAUGCUAUACAAACUAAUAAAAUUUUCCCACUAACCUAUGUCUCCUGCAAUAAAUAAACUUUGAAAACUGAAUCCCUUCGAUAAUAUGACAGAUGUCACAUCAGUGAAUAAGAAAAUUUUGUAAGAUUUGUUAGUUUGUAUAGUAUUACUCAAUUAGAAGAUUUGUUCCUUCAAUUUUCCAUUAUUACUACAUUUCCUGGUACAACGUGUAACCCAUUUUCCCCCCUAUGUCUCCUGUGUGUUGAUGGAGAAAAUUUGGUGAGAUUUGUUGUAUGGUUAAAAGGAUAUUUGAAACUAUGUUAUUUUUUAUUUUCAUUUUUUUUGGAGGUUAGUCUCAGAAAA